UUGAAUUGUACUCGUUUAACUUUGAGUAAUGAAAAAUUUAUGAUUUGAGCCAAUAGACCAUGCAGUCGAGUUUAACAAAUGUGAAAAUUAGUUAUUGAAAAUAAGCAUUGGCAAUCGAUUUCCAGUUUAAACUUUGUCGCUCGCUAAAGUAUUGAAUUAUUCAUACGAUUGUCAUGUGUGCGUAUUUUGAUUGCGUAUAUAAGUAAAAACGGUAACAUUAAACCAAUGAUUUUAAUCGAAAUUUGUUGCGCUGCGCUUCAAUAUAAACAUGUGUUUGCAAUGCUUUAAACAUGGAUAUUGGAUUCAAAGAACUUUGUAUUCUCGGUAGUGUUGUACUUAUUUUUACUAGUAUUGUUUUAAGGAUUCUUCGUAUUGCAGAACUUGUGUCGAAAAGUAUUAUUUUAGGGAUCAGUAGAAUUUGCAACAAUGAAAGCAAGAACAAAUCCACGCAGAACAACGAUGCUAAAACAUAUAAUGGAGGAACACAAUGUCCUACAGAACACAUUCAUUAUGAGGAAGUUGUUGCGAGAAGGAUGUUUAUGGAGACGAGAUUAUCGGAAAAAAAUAUUAUAUAUAAGACCAUGAAAGCUGCAAGUAAUUUUUCUACGACUGUUGCAAACUGCGCACACAAGUGUUCAACUUAUAGCGACAAAAUUCAAACAGCAGAGAAAACAAACCAAGAUGAACAUAAAGUGAAGAAAAAGAAAAACAGUGAAAAAGUGGUUUUCGACAUCGGUGAUGGUGUUGAUGUUGAGUAUGACAACCCAAUAACUAAAGAGGGUGUGAUUAACAAGAACAGGUACCGCCAGGAAGCAAGCGAGCACGCAAAACGUAGAAACCACUAUUUCGAGUUAGCAAAAUCGGCCUUUACUUCAGGUGAUAAACAGGGAGCAAGCACUUACUCGAAACUGGGCCAUUCUGAAAACGGAAAAAUGCGUCAAGCCAACAAAAAAGCAGCCGAUUUAAUUCUUAAAACAUUGAACAAAAGCUUUCCGAAAUGCCUUACUUUGGAUUUGCAUGGUCUAUACGUUAGCGAGGCGUUGAACUUCCUAAAUGAGUUUAUUGAGGCUCACCUAAAUGAAGGAGUUGACGAAGUACAAAUCAUCACUGGAAAAGGUAACCAUAGCGACAACGGGCGUCCAAGGUUAAGGCCGACCAUUAUGGAACAUUUAAAAAAGAAAGGCUUUAUGUACACUGAAGACAAAGUUAACACAGGCGAGUUCACCGUUCACCUUAUGAGACGUUCUGCCUUGGUGUUAUAAUAUUAAACUUCGUGAAUAUUUUAUGAAGGAUUGAAUCCAAUCUUCAUACCCAAAUAAUAUCUACGUUUGUCUCCACUGACCCGACCAAACAAAAUAUUUGGUUCCG